AUGGAUGACUUGUUGACCGGUUGUCAGAACGUUGAAGAAGGUCAAAGGGUCUAUAAAGAUAUGAAGAUGUUACUAGGCUCAGCAGGAUUUCAACUCAGGAAAUGGUGUAGCAAUAGUGAAAGUUUGCUAGAGAAGAUAAAGGAAGGAAACAAGGAUAAAUUAGGUAAUCUAGAACUAAAAAUAGAUUCAGUAAUGAAGAUACUUGGACUUACAUGGAAUCGACGCUCUGAUGUCUUCGAAUACUCCGUUCAGUUGCCGCCACUGAGCGAACCUGUCACUAAAAGAAAGGUUAUAUCGGAUGUUGCACGAUUGUUUGAUCCUCUUGGCUGGAUCGCACCCACCAUUAUAACUGCUAAAGUAUUCAUACAGAAGCUUUGGCUUUCUGGAAUCGAUUGGGAUGAAGAACUUCCAUCUCAGUUAUUAAAAGAGUGGAUUAUAUACAGAAACGAAUUAUGUUUACUUACCAAUUUACAAAUUCCUAGAUGGAUUAACUCGAGGGCUGAUGACAAGUUAGUUGAAUUACAUGGUUUUAGUGACGCGUCGAAUGUGGCAUACGCUGCUGUAGUUUAUGCACGUAUAGUUAGUAGAAAUGGUGUAAUACAUGUAAAUUUACUUACCUCUAAAACCAAAGUUGCUCCUGUUAAACAGAUAUCCAUUCCCAAACUCGAACUGUGUGGCGCCGUCUUGCUCGCGAAACUGCUCCUGGAAGUGUCAACGGUUCUUACUGUACCUAAAGAAAAUAUUCAUGCUUGGACCGAUUCAACGGUUGUACUCGCUUGGCUAAGAAGUCAUCCGAGUAGGUGGAAGACUUUCAUUGCUAAUCGGGUUUCAGAAAUACUAACGGUUCUUGAUAGUAACCAGUGGUCACAUGUCCAAUCAAAGGACAACCCUGCGGAUUGUGCCUCCAGAGGAGUCAAGCCUCAGGAUUAUCAAAAUGAUUUGUGGAGCACAGGACCACUUUGGCUGAAAUCAGAAAAUAUUAUUUAUAAAAACAAAGAGGUAAAUGAUACAAAUUUAGAAGAGAAAACAAACAAGGUAUGCUAUGCAACUACAAGCGAGGAAUUUAGUCUAUGGAAUAAAUACUCAUCAUUGCGCAAACUUGUCAGAGUUGUUGCUCUAUGUAGACGAUUUCUUCUUUCACGAACUGCUCUCCAACCUGAAAAGAAAAACAAAUAUGUUAGUAAUGAAGAAUAUACUGAAGCUUUGAAUGUAUGUAUCCGACAACAUCAAUCUAUAUAUUUUCAAGAAGAUCUGUAUAAUUUAGAAAAAACUGGAAAACUUAAUAAUAAAAGCAAACUUACCUCUCUCAGUCCAUUUGUUGAGGAUGUUGGUGUCUUGCGAGUUGGUGGACGAUUACAGUAUUCUCAAAUGUCUGAAGAAAUGAAACAUCCUAUCCUCAUUGCUAAGAAAUCUCAUUUUACUCAUUUAUUAAUUGCUGAGGCUCAUUCCAGAACUCUUCAUGGUGGACCUCAGCUCAUGAUAAAUUACUUGCGAACCAAGUAUUGGAUUAUAGACGUUAAAAAUAUGGUUAAAUUGUACGUUCGUAAAUGUGUUGUCUGUAUUCGUCAUGGAUCUAUUGUAGAACAUCAGCUAAUGGGUCAACUUCCUUCGGUAAGAGUUACAGCUUGCCGACCUUUUUUUCGUAGCGGUGUAGACUUUGCCGGUCCUAUCAGCAUUCGUACUAGUAAGGGUAGAGGCCAUCACUCCUAUAAAGGUUAUAUAUGUCUUUUCAUUUGCAUGGCUACUAAAGCUGUUCACCUGGAGGCAGUGAGUGACUUAACUACUCAGGGUUUCUUGGCAGCUUUUAAGCGCUUUGUAGCAAGGCGAGGACAUUGUGCCGAUAUAUGGAGUGAUAACGGUACGAAUUUUAUAGGUGCCGCUAGAGAACUUAAAUCACUUUUUUCUACAGAAAGGUCUGCUAUAGCGACAGAAAUCGCAAAUUCACUUGCUUGCAAUGGCACUAAGUGGCAUUUUAUCCCUCCCCGCGCUCUAAACUUUGGUGGACUCUGGGAAGCAGGGAUAAAGUCCACAAAAUACCAUCUUCAACGCGUAAUUGGAAACUCCACACUUACAUAUGAGGAAAUGGCAACAGUCCUGACCCAAGUGGAAGCUUGUUUAAAUUCCCGGCCACUCUCUCAGAUUAGUAACAACCCUGGUGAACAAUAUGCACUUACCCCAGGGCAUUUUUUGGUGGGAGAGCCCUUAGUUGUAGCUCCUGAUUCAAAUUAUGAAGCUUGCAACCUUAGUAAUCUCAAACGUUGGCAACUAACACAAAGGAUGUUGCAGCAUUUCUGGCGACGUUGGUCGCAAGAUUACAUUACUCAAUUCUUUCAUCGUCGUAAAUGGAAACAUCUCAUUCAAGAACCAAAUAUUGGUGAUGUAGUGUUGGUAAGGGAGGACGAUUUACCACCUGCUAAAUGGUUGUUUGGUAUAAUAAUUGAUAAACAUGAAGGUUUGGACAAGAUUACACGCGUUGUUAGUCUUAAAUGUAAGGGUAAUAUUAUUAAAAGACCAUUAUCUAAGAUAUGUUUACUGCCUGUAACAGAAUAA